AUGUCUUUCAAGUCGGAAGAGACAAUUUCAAAAUAUCGACAUUUUGAAUUCAACGGGCCCUAUAUUAUUUAUGGACUUGUUAUCUUUGCUCUAUGCUACUGGUGGAAAUCUACCGAACUGAAGAAUCCAUCUGGCCUGCCAAUUAUCGGCAGAAGAUGGUAUGAGCUGGGCAAUGGCAAAGCCAGCCAGCGGUUCCGGGAUGACUGCCUUGGCAUUGUCAGGUCCUGCCUGGAGAAGUAUGUCGAUAUGAUCCGCAAUGAAAAGCGCCUAGAUUUUAUCACGGCGCUCGCAGAUAAACUCGACAGUGGUGUGCAUGGCUUUGAGCCAAUGGCAUCAAUGACAAGCGACAAAAAGAUUUUACACGCUGUAACGAAGCAUUCACUUAAUCGCUAUUUGGGGACCUUUGUUGAGCCACUUAACGAGGAAUCUGACUAUGCACUUCGUGAGGUCUGGACUGAUAAACCUGAGCCCCAGGAGGUUAUGUUGAAAGACUCCGUCUGGAAAAUGUUUGCACAGAUAAUGUCUAGGAUGUUUAUCAAUGACAAAGACUUUUAUCGAAACCCGGAAUGGGUAAAUGCGAGCUCGGAGUAUGUCGAACUGUCAGCUUUGGCCGGAUAUGAACUUCGAGCCUUCCCAAAAUGGGCAAAACGCUUCGUGGCACCCUUUCUUCCGAAUUGUCGGAAGCUUCAGUCCCUUUUCGAACAUAUCAACAGUCUCCUGAAACCUUUAAAGGAAAAGCUAGACGGGCAAAUUCUGGAAACUGACCCUAAGAACCCGCUAAGUUUCUUACAUCAAAAGCUUGAUGGUCAAUUAGAUGAGCUUGCGUCUAUGUUAAUUGCCCUCUGCUUAGUGUCAUAUGAUGGAGGAGCCGAAUUAUUCACGCAUGUUCUUCACUCAGUGUUUGGGAACGAUCAACUAAUAAGUGACCUCCGUUCUGAGAUUGUGAACGUGGUUGGGAAGGAGGGUUUCAACAGGAAUACCUUGCAAAAUCUAGUGCUCAUGGACAGUGUCCUGAAGGAGGCGCAGCGUAUGCAUCCCGAGUCCGUUCUUCUGAUGCAACGGAUCGCUUUGGAGAAAGUCGUGUUACCCGAUGGACUCAUUAUACCGAAAGGAACUUCAAUAAUGGUCUCUGGCUGCCAUAUGAUCGACGCAUCCGUUUGGCCUGGAGGUGACAAGUUUGAUGGCUACCGGUUUUUCAAUCUACGCCAGAAAACGGAUUCUUCUGCAAGCCAGGCAUCAUACAAUUUUACAUCAACAUCUCCAGAACAUUUCAGCUUCGGCCAUGGAUCUCAAGCAUGCCCUGGGAGAUUCUUUGCGUCGUAUAUGCAGAAGAUACUUCUCUGCCACGUGCUCAUGAAGUACGAUGUUUUGGUCACGAUUCCGGAGGAGGGCGCAUGGUUUCAACGUGGGGUGACUCACGUGGCCCAUCCAGGACUGAAGGCGCAUGUCAGGCGAAGGAAUGAGGAGAUCCAAUUGUGA